AUGGUCUUCACUGGUCUUGCCAAAUACCACAAGGAGCCCUACCCGGAAAUCUCUCCCAAACUCCCAGAAGUGAGCCAGGAAGGGAGAACCAUCCUUAUCACGGGAGGGAGUGACGGAAUUGGACUCGCCACCGCCAAAGCAUUCGUUGCCGCCUCGGCCAAGAGAAUCAUCAUUCUAGGCCGACGCGCCGAGAAACUUGAUGUUGCAGUUGUUGAGCUUGUGAAGGAAGCGGCCUCGACUGGGUCACCCACGGUUACCGAAGGGCGCGUUUGUGACGUCUCCGACUUGGAGUCGACCGCAUCGCUUUGGAGCAGCCUUCGAGAUGACGGUAUUGUCGUCGACGUGCUGGUCUUGAACGCUGCCGCUGUCGGCGCUAUCAAACCUCUUACUGAGAUUGGCAGAGAUAACAUCCUGAAGGACUUUGACUUGAACUUUCGCACCAACUUGGAUUUCACGGAACGUCUCUAUAAGCAGGAAGGAAAGGGAGCAGGCGGACGAAAGGUCGUAGUCGGGGUUUCGACUCUCGCGAUUUACCUAUGGAAUCUGGUAAAUGACCGUCCGUCAUACGGACCCUCCAAAAGCGCAGGCACCCUCAUUCUCCAACAAUUUGCCCGAGCUUUCAAACCAGAGGAGCUCCAAGUUUCCGUUGUUCACCCUGGCGCCGUCUGGACAGAGGGAAUGAAGGAAGCCGGUGGCACCGAGGGGAUGUAUAAAUUUGAUGAUGUUAACCUCCCUGCACACUUUAUAGUCUGGUCUGCCAGCCCACAGGCAGAGUUCUUGCACGGUCGGCUUAUCUGGGCCAAUUGGGAUAUAAACGAACUCAAGGGGGAGGCCUUCAGGAAGCAGCUGGAUGAGAACCCCAACUUGUUGACGGUUGGGGUUGAGGGAUUAUCGGAGAGCAAGAACCUGCCUACCGUUUAA